AAAUACGCCGUGUCGAUCACAGUGUAACAAUCUGCGCGGGAGGAAGCCACAGAGUGUUUGGCUGCGACCAACUGAGGAGGCGGGUGAUUCUUAGGACAGCAAAACCAUGACGCAGGAAUUGACUCCCGUGCGGGUUGUCCUGGUGACAGGGUCGAGUGGCUUCCUCGGCCAGCACGUGGUGAAGGAGCUCCACGAAGAAGAGCACGCUACGAUCCGAGAAAUACGACUGUUCGACAACCGACCUUACGAGAACAGAAUAGGUUUUCAUGUCUCCAAGCCCAAGGAAACGAAGGAAUACGUGGGAGACAUUUGCAACGCUGCUGAGUUGAGUGCUGCGCUGAGCGGAGUCGACGCGGUGAUUCAUUGCGCGUCUAUCGUUGACCCCAGAUUCUUCGCCGACUCCAAAGUCAUGGAACGGGUCAACGUCCAAGGAACGUCAAACGUGGUUGAAUGUUGUGUGGCUCAGGGAGUCCCGCAUCUCGUGUACGCAAGUACCGUAGGCGCGACGCCACUGGUAAGAAGAAGCCGACUGGAUUUACCCUUCCCCGAAUACGUCGGACCGUACGGCGAGACCAAGGCACGUGCAGAGGACAUCGUGGUCACUUCCAACGGACGCCUUUUGUCUCGCGAAAGAGGGCGGCUACGCACGCUGCCAAUCCGCAUCCCUCCCUUGUACGGCGAGUUGGAUCAAAUAUUCAUCACCAAGUGCCUACGGAUCUCCAGGCUCACAUUUGACUUCGCCUUUUGCCUCGAGUGCCGGGUACAGAGUAUGUACGCAGGUAACGCGGCAUCUUUGGCUCUUCGAGGCAUUGACGCUCUGGCUGCCCCCGGGUCCAGUGACGUCUCUGGAAAAUCCUUGUACGCUACGGAUGAGACGACUGAUGAUAUCUCGCUGGUGCUGCGACCCAUCGCCGAAGCUCGCGGAAUUCGCUUGUUUCCUUUAAAGGUGCCUUCCGGGCUCGUCCUCGCAAUUUCCUGUGCCUUCUGGGGCCUUGCGGUGCUGCUCAGUCCUCUGGUCAAGCUUAACUCGGAGGCGGUGCCUAGCCCUAUGGAAAUUGUCUUCAUGAGACGUUGUCCUCCGUAUGACGGGAACGAGGCCGCAGAGAAACUGCACUGGAAGCCAAAGUACAGCGUUCGUCAAGCAAUCAGCGCGUCUCUAGACUACUACAGAAACGUGAAGUUGUGAAGUGAGCCGGUGCAGCAUUUGAGAGCGCGUGCGCGAAAAAGUGGCGUAGCCAAGGGGUGGCACGCCGGGCAGUACAGCUUUGGUUUCUGUACGCUGCCGUGGCAAGUUGUAAGCCUCUGAACAAAAGAAGAGGCGUAAAAAUAUAAGUUCGGG